CUGCUGUAGCAAAAAGACACUAAAAGAAAACCCUAAAUUGGAGAGCUCUGGAUGUCCGUCUUCCUCCUCCUGUGAAAACCUCUUCUUUAACUUCGGUGUCUCUGUCUCGAGUUCUGGAUCUUCAUUUUUUCACCUGCAGUUCAAAAAGUCAAAGUUUUUUACAAGCUAUGGAAGCAACCUCACCACCUUGUGAUUGUGAGUUGAUUAAUGCUGCUUACGAUGGGAAACUCAAGCUCUUCAAGAGGUUGGCUUUCAAUCUUGCUAAAGGUGAAGGGAUUGGAGUCGCAGAAGCGAUUGGAAAGAUUACAGGUGAAAAUGGUUUAGAUGGAGGAGGAUGUCUUCAUAGUGCUGCUAUAGGAGGAAGUUUAAACCCGUUUGCAAAUACUUGAUUGAGAAAUUGAAACUUGAUGUGGAUUCCAGAGAUCGAAAGGGUAGAACACCCUUGCUUCAUGCAAGUUUAAAGGGGCAUUUCGACACAUUUAGAUAUCUUCUUGAAAAGGGUGCGGACCCUGAUGUGUCAGAAGCUAUGAAUGCCACUCCUUUAAUUUGUGCUGCAAAGUCAGGUGAUACAAAGAUAAUAACCUUGUUACUUUCAAGGGGUGUUCGUGUAGAUGUUGCAGCUCGUAUUUGCACUGGGUCUUUCACUGCUCUUUGGUAUGCGGCUAGUCAUGGUCAUCCAGAUGCUGUUAAAGUGUUAUUGGAUCACGGUGCAAAUCCUAACGGAGCUAAUAGUCCGAGUUCGCUUACACCUCUAAUUAUGGGAAUGUAUGAAGCUUUUAUUACAGGCAGGCGCUGACCCAAAUGCUGUAUCAUAUGGAAUUACACCUCUGACAGUUGCAGUAAAGGAGGCAUCCGCAGAUGACAUUACAUGCUUACUGGAAGCUGGUGCAGAUCCAAAUUAUAAAGAGAUUAGAGGGGUGAUACCAUUGGAGAUUGCUGCUAUGAGGUGCAAUUAUCAAGUGGUCGAAGUUCUUUUUCCUGUGACUUCUCGGAUUCCAACUUAUCCUGAUUGGAGCAUCACCGGACUAAUGAGGCAUGUAAAUUCUGAUGCCAACAAAAUGCAGAGGGGAGUAUAUGCAAUGGAGAAAUUUCACCAGCUAAAAACAAAAGGAAGAGAUGCAUUCCAGGGAGAGCAGUAUGUUAUGGCAUUGCAUUUGUUCAGAGAGGCCUGGGGCAUUCGUCCAAAUGAUGCAGCUGUACUAUCCAACAUGAAUGCCUGUUAUGCGCGUCUGGAUGAAGGAGACGACGCGCUUGAGUAUGCCACUCUAUUGAUGCAUGUAAGACCUGAAUGGCCUAAGCCAUACUAUAGGUUGGGUGUUGCGCACAAUAUACUGAAAAGGUACGAUGAUGCAGCAGAUGCCUUUCAGAAGGGUUUGACGCUCGAUCCGGAAAACAAAGAGCUUAAAGAUUUGUACAUGAAAGCCAUUGAAGCUAAAUUGAACUCUCUCCAAGUGUAAGGAGAUGAUGCUGAGAAUUGUAGAGAUGAAAUGACGAGAAGAUAGUGAAGCAUUAAAGUAACGAUAAGAUAUUAACAUGGAAACAAAUUCUGAAAUGAAGUACACUCUAGAGUCUAGAAGACAUUGGUUGGUAGCUGAAUUGUAUACUGCUAUUGAUAUGGUUUACAUUAUUAUGUUGUCUGCUUGAAUAGGGUAGGUUAUAAAAGAUGGUGAAAGUUCAAUCAAACUAACCCCAACUAUGAUCUGGUGAAGUUUUUCAUCUUUUGAAUUUUGAAAGUCACUUUUGUAAAUUCCUAGGUUUGUUAUCUGGGAGCCACUUACCAAUGAGGAGUGACAUGUUUGAGGUUAUGAGAUUUUUUUAUCCACACGCAGGUUAUAACUUUUGAUGUGCAAGUUUAGCUGGUACUACAUAAGUUUGUGCCGACUGCAGCUUCCCCAU